AUAGUGAUAUUAUUAAAAAAAAUUGGGAGCAAUACACGUAAUGAAUAAUAUGUUACAAUUUUUUUUUCGUUGAUUAAAAGGACAUUGUGGAGUCAAGUCAUGCUUUGAUGAAAGUGGAUGGCGAGAAAUUCACAGACGUAUCUGUAGCUGUUGAAUAAUCCAAAAGAUUGUAUAACAGGAACGCCAAAUCAUUCACUAUUCAGCUGAUUAGCAAGCAUCAUCAUGCAUCAGCAAAGAAGUUGGGAAUCUGGCUAUUCUUCCUCUUCCUAUGAUAAGUAUGUACAGGAACAGUCAGGAAACAAGAAAUCUGUUGCUAACAGAAUGCAGCAGCAAUAUUGGGUUACCAAACAGAGUAUGAUCAAGAAACUUGGAAGGAAAGAAGAUGAACAUGUGAUAGCUGGUGACUCAGAACUUGAUGCUAAAUUAGAGGUUUUCAAGUCAAUUCAGAACACAUGUAUGGAGAUGCUGAGAAUAAUAGAGAAAUAUCAAGACAAUUUGUGUGCUCUAUCUCAGGAGGAAGGUGGAAUGGGUCGUUUCUUGAAGCAGUGCAGCAGUGUAGAUAAGACAAGAGCUGGUAAAAUGAUGGCUGCAGUGGGUAAAGCACAGACAAGUUCAUCAGAACAGAGAUUGGCAUUGCGUCCUCCUCUUGCAAGGCUGUAUCAGGAAAUUGAGACGUUCCGUUACCGUGCUAUCUCAGACACAUUGAUGACAAUCAAUCGAAUGGAAGGAGCUCGGUGUGAAUACAGAGCGGCCUUGCUGUGGAUGAAAGAUAUUUCAAAAGAACUUGAUCCAGAUACUUAUAAACAGUUGGAGAAAUUCAGAAAGGUUCAGGCUCAGGUACGCUCCACCAAGGCACGUUUUGAGAAGCUCAAGAAUGACGUCUGUCAGAAAGUGGAUCUCCUUGGAGCUAGUAGAUGUAAUCUCUUCUCUCACACACUGGCUUCAUAUCAGAACACACUGCUUCAUUUCUGGGAGAAGACUUCAAGAACCAUGGCUGCCGUCCAAGAGGGAUUCAGAGGAUAUCAACAUUAUGAAUUCAAUAUGCUCAAGGAGCUCUCAGAGACAAGUAAACAGCUAGCAGAGAUGACUGGAGCUAAAGAUGUAGCCCCUGAUUUGGAUGGUCUAGACCAGAGAGCUGAACACCGGUUGCAAACAAACGACUUGACACAGACCAGUAAACAGCUGGCUGAAGAGACUAACCCUAAGAAAGCUAGUCGGACAGAUGUUGAUGAAGCACAAGAAGUAAGAGAGACUCUUGAACAAGUCGCUCGACAAAGGUUGAUAUCCCUUGGUGAAGAUCCUGAAAGGCACAAAGACCUUGGAGGGUCCCUAGAUGCAAGGAACAAUGGUGUACAUGAUCCUUCUAGACAAGGAGCUAAUAAUCUUCUUGGAGAGGAGAUAGAUCCAUCAGAGAAAGAGAGGACAGCUUUCAUGAAUCUCAUGGGUGGGCAAGAAGGAGCAGAUAAAGAAGAAUUUGGUGCCUACACAUCAGCCGACCUGUUAUCGGGAGACUUACCGAACCAAGAUGAUAUGAAGGAUGAGAUGGACUUAUUAAAUGAGAUCUUAAAUACGCCCUCUGGUGUUCCAUCAGAGCUACCUACACCCGUAGAGGGCGCCAAACCAGGGGAGAUUGGAGGAGGGAAUCAAUCCUCUGAUCAGGGGAUGGGUGGAUUCAUGCCAUCUGAUCUAUUAGAGAUUACAUCUAUGAUGAGUGAACUGCCUACAGGUUCCCCUGCUACCACACCCCAGGGUGGGAGGGAAGGGGGCAUGCCAGCCCCACCCCAAUACUCAGACCUCUUCGCUGAUCGAAUGGCAGCCCAGCAGACCCCACCACAGUCCAACAAAACAGAUUCAAGUAAACCUCAAGCCUUCAAGAAGGGACAGAAGACGGACAUGUCUGCUUGGUUUAAUCUCUUUGCUGAUCUUGAUCCCCUUGCUAAUCCUGAUGAUAUUGGACAUGAGGAGGGCAAGGAGGUUGAAGAUAGGAAUUGCUAGCAUGGUAUCCAUGCAUUUAGUGACUUCAUAGCAACCAAUGUAAACAUACAACUAUCAUGUAUAUUUGCUCAACAAUGGCAAGUGGAAGCAAGUGACAAAAGUUCCUGCAAAGAAAUAUGGGUCUGUCAUUCAAUUCUGUGUAGCCUUGCCUGACAUAUCUCUGAGCAGUAUGAGUGUUCAUGCAUGAAAUCUGGCCCAAAAGAAGGGAACACUGGGUGAAAUAUGACAAUUCACAAAAUUUGUGUAGAUAUAUCAUUUUUAUCCCUCCUGUCAUUGUAGGGCAGCAUAGUUUUGCUUUUUUAUACAAGUUAAAUCACUAUGUGUAUUAUUGAUGGUGCAGGGCCAUUUAUCUCAGAUACUAUUUGAUAUAAACCAGUUCACUAUGGCUUUGAUGUAAAGAUGUAUCGUUGGUAUGGCGAACAAGAUACAUAUAAUUGUGGAAUAAAAUCAAGAUACAUGAAUGUAUUAAAUAUCAAAAUAUAUUUAUACAUUCACUAACCCCAAUACUGUACAAUAUAGAUUGUAUUUUUCAUACAAUGUUUGUCAUCUUUUUACAUUGAUUUCUAUGAAGUCAUGAUAAAGAACCCCUUGUAUAUUUGUUAUUAGAUAGGAGAUAAUGAAAAACAAAUUAUUACUAGAACUGACUGCAUUCCAUUGUUGUAAAAAUGUGCAUUCUCCAAAUUGUGUAAGAUGGAUGGGGUAAUAUAUCUAGCAUUGGUAGAUUUUCUUGUAUGAGAUGAUGUAUUUAUGUGAAAUUAGCCUUUGUAAAGAUGAAUGAUCAAAGAUGCAUGUCUAUUAAGUGAUGAGGAUAACAUUGAUAAGGCAGUUUGAAGAGAUUCAACUAAGUGAGUAAAUUUAUUUAUUUCAGAGGAUUUUUAUGACAGGCACAGAUCAAAAGAUUCUUUUUGAUAGUGGGGUCAGUCUUUAUUUUACAUGCCAUCUAAAUAGGCUUGCCAAAUUGCCCUUAUUUUACUUUUCCAUUUAUUGGUUAUUUUUUUAUUACUAUUACUUUGUUUGGAGGGGAAAGGGGGGGUCUUGAUGUACGUAAAAAUUGUGCUUUUUGCGGUUACAUUCAAUAGCUAGAUUCUUUUUAACGCAUAAAAUGUUACAUACAAAAAAAGUUCAGAGAUUUUUCCCCUUGAAAAACAUUCUUAAAGGAGAAUGAAACCUUUGAAACAAGAUAGCUUGUGUGAAAACAGAAAAAUCAAAGAAACAGAUCAACGAAAGUUUGAAAAAAAUCUGACAAAUAAUGAGAAAGUUAUGAGCAUUUGAAUAUUGUGAUCACUAAUGCUAUAGAGAUCAUCAAAUUGGCAAUGCGACAAAGAUGUGUGAUGUCACUGGUGAACAACUCUCCCCAUUACUUUAGUAUAUAUUUCACUUAAAUUGCCUCUUUUAUCACAUCUAUCAGUAGAUCAUGUGUUCUUUCUAUAGGAGGGCAUGUAAUACAGAUUUUUAAAGAAUACAUCAUGGAUAAAGAGUUUGUAUCACCACAAGAAAAAGUAGAAAGAGACAUUUUGAGGGUAUUUUAUAGUCCAUCACAGGGAAAGUUGUUCACAUGUGACAUCACACAUCCUUGUCGCAUUGCCAAUGGGAGGAUCUCCAUAGCAUUAGUGAUUGCAAUAUUCAAAUGCUCAUAACUUUCUCAUUAUUUGUCCGAUUUUUCUCAAACGUUCUUUGUUCUUAUUCUUUGAUUUUUCUGUUUCGACACAAUUCUACGUAUUCCAAAGGUUUCAUUCCCCUUUAAUUUAAACCAAUAUGCUGCUUUAUUCUCAUGAAUUGAUUUUCAUUACAAUAAUUGUUGUUUCUGUAUCAUAAUCUAUUCAAAUUUCUUCUUUUAGUUAAUGAUAAAAACCAGUCCUGAAAAGUUUAAUGUAAGUAUUCAAAAUGUUACCUUAUCUGGGAAAGUAUUCUACAUUAUGUCACCUUUGUUAUUUUAUGUUCAGCUGUCAGAAACUGUCCAUGAUAUACUGUACAUGUGAUGUCUGUUCCAUACCUGUCCUCCUCCCAUUAAAAAAUCAAUAAUUUAGUGGAUAGAUUGAUGAAUAAGUGAAUAAGUAAGCAGACUGAUAGAUAAUGCAUAAAUAAGUUAUUGUUGCAAAAGUAGAUGAAUGAAUAUACAAUUUAUUUAUUAAUUCAUUCAUUUGUUGGUUGAUUAAUUAUUCAUUCAUUUGUUAAUCUAUUCAUUUUGAAUUAUUGUAGUAGAAAGUUGGAAUGAUGAAAAAUAUUUCAUUAUUUGAAUAAAUAGGUGUCUUGCAGAGUCUUGAAAAAGUUGGGAAUGUUUUGUUUGAUUUAAUGUGAUAAUGUUUAAUUUACAACUUGUGAUAUUCAUUCUACCACCAGCAUAAUUCAUGUCAUAUGAUCGUAUCAGGAUAAUAAAAUACGAAAUACUGAUAUUUAACAACAAUAGUAAUAUAAUCAUACUAUAAUAAUGCAACUGCGAAAGAGCACAUAUCGGUAUCCACUUUACCAAGUGCUCAAGGCACUGAUAUUAUUACCCUUGCUUUAGCCUGGUUGGCAAUCUAAUGACAUUUGUAGUAUCUCCUUGUUUGUCUUUAGCCUGUAACUCAAAUGAUGUAUUCUACAAAUGUUUACUUAGUUCUUGUCUGAGAUUGAUAUGUGACAGAAAGUGUCUCAUAGGGAUAGAGAAAUAUUGAUUAUGAUACAACCAAUAAUUAUAUUUAUGCGGUAAGAUUUUGUUAUCAUGGGGAUGAUCAGAAAUGUAUAAAUUUUGCAAAGCGUCAUAUGCACGAUACGUAGAAAUACACGAGUGACAGGAAUUGCACACAAAUAUUCAUUCCAAGCAUUUUGACAAAUUUUUCUCUUUUUUUCCUUAUAAUUUGGUUUUGAUGGCAUCUUAAGAGGAAUUUGUCGUGAUGCAUCCUAGGUAUUCAUCCUAAAUAAUAUGAUUCAUAAUGAAGGAUGUGGAAAGUCAAUAGUUCUUUUCACCUUUACGGCAUCUUAAUGUUUACUUCAUGGACUAUGUCAAAUAAUAUGAAUUAUUACCUGUAUCAAACAUCUGAGUUGGUCAUAUACAAUAUUGCCCUAUAUAUCAUGAAUGUCGGGAAGGGAAAGGUAUAUUAUUUGCACUUUGUUUGGUCUCUAUGCGCACUCUGACUUUGCACGCUGAGGAUUUAAAAUGCCUUACCAAAGGGCACUACCGCACCAACUGGGAAUCAAAACCCCUGCUCUUCUGACUGAGUAUACUGAGAUAUAUUUGAUAUUCCCCUCGAGGCCAGGCAAUAUUAUAUAAUUAUUAUCUAUAUAUAUUAAGGCAUUAUAAUGAUGUAUAAAAACAUGGAGGUAGAAACCUUAUGAUUAAAAUGACAUAUUCUGGCCUGCAUGAGACUGACAGCACUGACAAUUUUUUGAAAGUUUGCUUGUAUUGUACUAUUUUAGCUAUCUUUGUUUAACUUAUAGGUGUAUUUCUAAGAUAUUGAAAUUCAUUAUCCCAUGGGUUAUUUUUCUCUAGAUUGUAUAUUGGUUGUUUUUUUUUUUUCUUUGAUUUUUGUAAAAAGUAUUAAACAAACAUUAAAAAAAAAAACUCUCAAAAUGCUAUUCAGAUAAUAUGGAGGAAAGGAACUAUCGGUACAUAUAUAUGAAAUGGUUAAGUCCUUUGCAUUUGUAUUGUAUGUCUCAUGGUCGUUUUAUACACUACAUUAGCAUACAUUGUAUUUUUUUUCUCUCUUUUUGAUAUAUUUCAGCAGUUGAUAUAAUAUAGGAAGUAAAUAAUGAGUCUGUCUUGAUUUGAAAUGAAAAGAAAAAUGCUACUAAUUUUCCUGUUGAAUUACAUGCUUUUGAGUAUUACUAUCGUGCAA